AUGCCAGACUGUAGUGAAGAAGAAAAAGAAGCGGCAGAACAGAAGUAGGGAUGUCUGCGAUCCGAAUAAUGUAAACAGAAGAAAUGUUUUCCGUCUGUCUGGAAAAAACCUGUUUUUGUUUAAGCGCGUUAAGUAAUUGGUAAGGGUCCCAUGAGGAUACGUUUAGUGUGCUCCGUGAAGCCAGCUGCAGUCUGUGAGAGAAGCAUCUGGAGCUCGACCCGAACACAUACUGUGCAUUUUGAGUGCGGCACAACACCAGGAAGUCCAGACAUUCACACAGAGCUGAUUGAAACGACAUCCAGUCAUGGCUGAGGAACCAGCAGCAGAAAUCCAGCUACUCAGAAGCCAGAAGGCCAAGCUAAUCGAAAUUCUAAGCGGCGAUGCCGACUUUAUCUUGCAGCAUGCAGACUCUCGCUGUCUGCUGUCUCUUCAUGGCUACCAGCAGGUGAAAGCCUGCCGUAUUCCCAGUGAGAAGGUGACAGAACUGCUGGAUCAUAUCAUCCAGAGAGGGCCUGAAGCAGCACAGGGUCUGCUGGAACUACUGAAGGACCAGGCCCUGCGGGAAACCUUCCCAAUGCUUCGCUUCAUUGAAGAUCAGCAAGUCAACACAGCAUCUUCAGGCAAUAAAGAAAGAAAGAGAAAAGGAGUUCCUGAUUUACAAGCGACCGUAUCAUCCAAACAGAUCUGCAAGAAUGGCUCUCGCUUAGUGACGGAGAAGCAGCUGAUGACCGUGGCUCGUGUCAUUGGUAGAUCUUGGAGGGAGAUUGGCAGACUGGCACUGGACAUCCCCUCAGUGAAACUGGAGCAGAUUGAAGAGGACCAUUCGCUCCAUGUGGAACGGGUGUUUGCUAUGCUGCGCUCCUGGUGUACCUGCCAGAGGGGAAAAGCCACUGCUGCUCACCUGCACUCCCUACUCAGUAAGGGUGACUGGGCGCUACCACCAGAAAGCAUCGACUUUCUGUUGGAGACUGUCUGAGGCCUCCGCCGUCUGCUGCCCACUAAGACUGAAAUCCUUGAAGGAUUUUUACUGGAAAUGAGUGUCUCUCUCAAAGACGUUAUCAUUCAAUAUCAGGGGGAAAAGAAAAUUCAAAAACACUUGAAGCUUUUUACUACAUUAAGAAAUUUCCCCACAGUAACAGUCAUCACCAAUGAACAGGAGGCCUCUUCUUCAAAUCUUAUCAACUUUCUAUGAUAGUGCAGUUUUUAUUGCCAUGCUAUUAAAAAAAAACUGAAAAAAAAGAUUGAAGGUGCAGAUUAGCAGUCACAAGAGUCCCACUGACAUAUUGAGCUGCAUAUCGUAGUAUUUUAGAUUAAAUGUAGCCUACGUGUUGGUGUGCCGCAAGCCUUCUGUUACGGUCUGUU